AUGUCUACAACCCCAAUUUCGCCUGAGACUUCCACUCCCCACAGUCAUCACCACAGAGGUCAUCGACUUCGCAAUUUUAUGCUUCCCAAUGGCCGAAAAGUGCACAUAGCGCCUUCUCCAGAAGAAGCCGAUCUCCUUCGUCGACGUCUCAGCACCAUAGAAAAAGAUCAACCUUUUGAUCUCGUAAUCAACGGAUCUCCUGAACAUCUCGACGCGCUUCGAACCGCGCAUAGCCAUCAUGAAUCUAAGCGGCAGGCAUUAAAAGAUAGACAUGGUGACGCUUAUGAUGAAUUCGAAAAUGUGAAAUUAGAACUAGAUGUCUUGGGCUCGGAGCUUCAUAUGUUGACGGAUCAUUCCGUGGCAUUGGAUGCGAACUUUUCGAAAUAUGGGUAUAGUGCGCAUUUAAGAACUUAUGAUGAUGGGUCAGAACAUACCAGUCGGGCGAGCUCAUUGUAUCACGGGCCUGAUGAUCAUGAAAAGAAAGAUUGGGCAGCGGAAAAGAGAAAGGGGAAAAUUAUGAAAUUAUAUAAAAAGCCUACUGUCAGGCAAUAUUUUCACCGUGGUUUACUCUGGAGAGCAUCAGGAACUACUGAAGUAGCAUCAUUUGAACUCUUUGUGGACCUUUUAUACGUUGGUAUUCUCGCUAUAAAUGGAGAUCAUGCCGCUGAAAGUCCCACUGGAUAUGAGCUCCUAAGAUUUGUCAUAACAUUUAUCAUGAGUUGGAAGAUUUGGAGUGAUCUAGCUCUAAUUAUCUCUUGGUUCGAAACCGAUGAUAUAGCUCAAAGAGUCUCAAUAUUGUUUAUCAUGGCGUGCUUACUUGGUCUCACCACAAAUAUGUUGGAAGCCUUCGAAAAUUCAUACACAAUGCUGGUAGCAUUCUAUUUAACAGCUCGUCUGUUCAUGGGCUCAUAUUAUUUAUUUCUCGCACGGCUUAUACCCAUGGUUCGAGGCAUGCUGAUAGCCCAAGCCAUCAUUAUUCUGGUCCCCAGUAUCCUUUGGAUAGGAAGCAUUUACGUCGAUUUACCUCAACGAUUCGCCAUCAUUGCUAUUGCCAUACUCAUAGAUUUAACCGGUACGGUAGGUGUAGUAAUCCUCGUUCGAGGUUCUAAAUUCAUAUCAACUAGACUGGCCGAGUGGACUGAUCGAGUAUUUGAAUUUUACCCCGCUACAAACAUCGAACAUAAAACUGAAAGAACAAAUGCCUUUGUGACAUUGGUCUUUGGCUAUUCAGUUGUCGCUAUUAUCUACCAAAACGCAGCGUCAUUUGGGCUAAAUGCAUUCUUUGGAAAAGCCGUUCUGGGUCUCAUUCAAGCAUUUGUUUUUAACUGGAUAUAUUUUGAUUUGGACGGUACAGAUCUAUUCACGCAUGCUAUUCGACGGCAUGCAAAGGCUUCUAUCAUCUGGAGUUUUGCACAUUUACCUUUUAUUAUGAGUUAUGUUCUAGGUGGUGCUGCACUUUCUAGACUCGUUGUUGCGAGAGAUUGUGGUGAUACUUCUCUCGAGAGUCUGACGGAAGCAUACCAGGAGAAAUCCGAAUCUGAAAUUUCUCAUGGGUUGCGUUGGUUUUAUUGUGCUGACCACCACGGCAUUCGCCUCGCCAAACGCUACCGCUUGCUCAACCGUCUCAUUGUCUGCAUAAUCCUCAUAUGUCUUCCUCUCUCGUCCCUAGAUUCCCUCAGCCUCAUUUCCACCGUCACCGGAUUGGUAGUCUGGGUACUCGUGUUGGAGCUUUGGGGCCACAGUUGUCCGGAUGAAACAUUUUUUGGUGGUGGAAAGAAGUGCGGAUAUACGGCAAAGCGUAAGAUAUCGAGGAAGGAUUUAGAGGAGAAAGGAAGGAUGGGAGAGGUGCUAAGACUCAAGGAGUUGGGUGGUGGGGAGGGGGGCGUUUAUGAGGGAAGUUGA